AUGCGGAGGGACCCAAACCUUGUGGAUAUGGGCAAAGAGAAAGGGAUAUCAAAUUCUCCAUUGUUUUCCUCUUCCACAAAAGGGUUCAAGGACAAGAGCAACACCAACAACAACAUGUCCUCUUGGCUCUUCAAUAGCAUUUCUGACUUGGAGGAGAGGAUGAAGGUGUUGACAAUAGGCACAACAGAAGAUGAAGAGUUGGGUGACACUUUUGCAGAAAGAGCCGAGUCUUACUACCAACAGAGACCUCAGUUAUUGUCACUUCUUCAGGACCUUUACAAUGGCUAUAUCACUUUGUCUGACCGUUACAUCCAAACAUUGGCUAAGCACAAGCACCAUAGCAGACACUCUUCUCAAGUUUCAACUGUAGAAGAGGGUUUCUCUGACCAGGAAGAAACUAGUGGGGUGAGCCAGGUUGAUUCAGAUAUUGAGAGUUCAAUCUCUUACCAACAACCCCCAUCUAUGAUGAUGUCUAUGCUACUCCGUAGGAGCUCAAUGCUUGAUGUUGAUGCUAUUGUUGCUGAGCUUGUGAUUAGGAAUGUUGAGUAUGAUGUGUUAAUGCAAGAGGUUGGUGUCAUGGAGAGGAAGUAUUGUGAGUCUUCAAGGAAAAGUGAGCUCCAAAAGAGCUUGCUUGAGGUGUUGGAGUCUGAGAGGCUUGUUCUGUUGAAUGAGAAUGCUAGCUUGGGUUAUAGAGUCAACACUUUAGUCGAAGAGAACAAAGAGCUUGCAUCUGAGUCAUUGUUCAUUAAGAGGAAGGCUGGGGAGCUAGCAAAGUGUGUGCUGAAGAUGAGAGAGGAUCAUACAGUGUAUAUGCUCCAUAAAAAAAUUGAAGAUCUGCAGGCACAGAUACAUGGGUUGGAGAAGAGGAACAAAGAGUAUUAUGAGAAGCUUCUUGGAAGAGAUAACCAAGAGGAUGAUAGCUGCAUGGGAAACAAAGGGAAAAACAGUGAUGAUGGGAUAGCUUUGGAUGUUCAUGUGGAGAAGCAUAGAAGGUUCAAGUGGAAAGAUGGCACUUCUGGGAAGAAAACUGAUCGGAAGAAAGGUCCCAGUUUUUGGAAAAAUCUGAAGAACAUUGACUUGUUAUUGUGUGGGACUAAUCCAACCUGUGCUUGAAGAAUGAUGAUGGCUUAUAGUUCUUGUGUUCACAUAAGUUCUGUUAAAGUUUAUACAUACUUUUUGGCUCUUUUAAGGUAGUAAGAGGUUUCUUGAUUACUCACUAUAAGCUAUGGUGUACAUUCUCCAAUAUGAGGCCUUUGACAUAGAAUGCAGGGCACACUU